CGUCCCAAUUCUGUCUUCUCACCCAGAACAGCUGCUGCCUUCCUGCCUGUCCCACUGAGCUGCCGCCACCAUGAGCUUCUCCACCCAGAGGGUCUCCUCGUACCGCCGUACUUUCGGCGGUGGGGCAGCCACUCCUUCCUUCCCAUCCCCUUCUUUCCCAAGGGCUUCCUUCGGCACCAAGGGUUCUUCUGCCAGCUCCAUCUCCUCUCGGGUAUACCAAGUGUCCCGUAGUGCCGCAGUGCCCACCCUUUCUAGCUUCCGCGCAUCCUACUCGGCCCCAAUGCGUUCGGCCUAUCAAGGUGCCGGCGAGGUCCUCGACUUUUCCCUAGCUGAUGCCAUGAACCAGGAAUUCCUGCAAACCCGUACGAAUGAGAAAGUGGAGCUGCAGGAGCUCAAUGACCGCUUCGCCAAUUACAUUGAGAAGGUCCGUUUCCUGGAGCAGCAGAAUGCCCUCAUGGUGGCUGAAGUCAACCGACUCAAGGGCAAGGAGCCCACGCGCAUCGCAGAGAUGUAUGAGGAAGAGCUGAGGGAACUGAGACGGCAGGUGGAGCUGCUGACUAAUCAGCGAGCGCGGGUGGAUGUGGAGAGGGACAACCUGAUAGAUGAUCUCCAGAAGCUGAAGCAGAGGUUGCAAGAGGAAAUCCAUCUUAAAGAAGAAGCAGAAAACAACUUAGCUGCUUUCAGAGCUGAUGUUGACGCAGCCACUCUGGCCCGUAUUGACUUGGAGAGGCGUAUUGAAUCAUUGCAGGAAGAAAUUGCUUUCCUCAAAAAAGUACAUGAAGAAGAAAUUAGAGAAUUUCAAUCCCAGCUGCAAGAGCAACAAAUCCAGGUAGAGAUGGAUGUGUCGAAGCCAGAUCUGACCGCAGCACUGCGUGACAUCCGUGCCCAGUAUGAGAACAUCGCUGCAAAGAACAUCUCAGAAGCAGAGGAAUGGUACAAAUCUAAGGUGACUGACCUGACUCAGGCAGCAAAUAAAAACAACGAUGCCAUUCGCCAAGCCAAGCAGGAGAUGAUGGAGUACCGGCAUCAAAUCCAAUCAUUCACCUGUGAGAUUGAUGCGCUCAAGGGCACGAAUGAAUCUCUGAUGAGGCAGAUGAGGGAGAUGGAGGAGCGCUUUGCUGGUGAGGCCGGCAAUUACCAGGACACAAUCCAGAGGCUUGAAGAGGAGAUCAGGCAUUUGAAGGAUGAGAUGGCACGGCACCUGCGCGAGUACCAGGACCUGCUCAAUGUCAAGAUGGCUCUUGACGUUGAGAUUGCCACUUACCGCAAGCUGCUGGAGGGUGAAGAGAGCAGAAUUUCACUGCCCAUUCAAACUUUUUCUGCCAUCAACUUCCGAGGUAAGUGACAUGGAUCUGGUCUAUGUGGAUAAAGGGAUCUGUGGGCAUGCAAAUCA